CAGCAUUCUUCUAUAUAUACACACUCUCAUCUUCAAAUUCACCUACUCAAACAACACCUAAACCUUCAUUCAUCACAAUCACAAAUAUUAUUCAGAACUUCACUUUUUCUAGCUUCAAUAUUUUCAUCGAUUCAAGUAAUGGGUAACUACGUUUCAUGCACUUUAGCACCUUCUCUGAUGAGAACCUCGAAGGCAACGAGGGUAGUCUUCCCCUCCGGCGAGGUGAAGCAGUUCAGGGAGAUCGUGAAGGCGGCGGAGCUCAUGCUGGAACACCCCACUUAUUUCCUUGUGAAUUCACGGUCGCUGCAGAUUGGUCGGAGAUUCUCCGCUCUCGGCGCCGACGAGGAGCUGGAGUUUGGGAACGUGUACAUCUUCUUUCCGAUGAGGAGGGUCAACUCUUUCGUCACGGGUGCUGACGUGGCGGUGCUGUUUUUGGCGGCUAAUUCCGCCGCCAAACGGUUGUCUGCUGGGAAGACACGUGUCCAGCCGGAGAACGGUGGCGGAGAGUGGCAGCAGGGUGAGGCUGCGGCGGAGGAAGGUGAGGACAAAGACGAGGUUCCGAGGUUGAGUUUGGAAGGAGUUGACUCUGGGUUUCGGUAUCGGUUGAGUUAUUGUAGGUCAAAGAUGCCUGUUUUGGAAACUAUAAAGGAAGAAACAAGUAGAUCAGCAAGGUGAAGGGAAAAAAAAUUUGAAGAUAGGUUAUAGUGUGCUAGAUGGAAAUGAAUUAGCUAGUUAGUUAGUGCAUUCUUUUUAAAAUCAUUCUACAAUAGAAUUGAUUCUGAGGUCUGAAUAUAUUAAAAAGUUUAUGUAAGUAGUGUCGUAAUUGAUUCUGCAAAGAGAAGUCAAUAUAUACAAACAUGUUAUUAA